UUCCGGAAGGGGCUGGGAGUGAGGGCGAGGGGUGGGCAGUGCGAGUGGGAGAUGUCCGGCGGCGGCCGCGCUGGCGGGUCUAAGAGGAAAAGGAAUUGGCGUGUAGCGCAUCCUUCGGUUCUAGAAGCGAGGCCACAGCUGUCGAGAAGAGCAAGUCUGAAGACAGUGGAAGCAGCUGCCUCUCUCUCUAAAGCGUGGCUCAAGUGUGGAGAAGGAUUUCAGAACACUUCUGAGACCCUGUCAUUAGCAAGUGAAAAGACAACUAUUAUUGAAAACCCCCUGGAAUUAUCUCCAAGCCCAAAGAAAGACGCAGCAGACGAGAGUCCUGGUGAGCUGGCAAAUAUAACAUGGAGUUCGAGUGGAAGUGAUUUCUCAGAGGAAGAAGAUACGGCACUCCCUCAACUGCAGAGAGAUGGUGGACGCGGCUGUGGAGCAGAUAGGUUUUGUGGCAGAACUGCUUCAUGUCCAGAAGAUGGAGCCACUGAAGAUGAAUUGCAGUUGAUUGAGUGGGAGAUUAACAGUGACGUGGAAGAUCCUGGGGGGGCCAGUGAGUGUGAAGAUGGUGAGGGCUCCCUGGACAUCUCGGAUUGUGCUUCCUGUGCAAGUGGUCGUUCCUUGACAAAUGAUGACAGGCUCUGUGAGCCCCCUGAGCCAAUUCCUACAGAAAUUUUGGAGUAUUCAUCAGAUAGUGACAAAGAAGAUGACCCAGAGAAUGCCCUGUUUAUUGAUUCAGAAUCCCCUCACAAAUUCCGGGUGGAUUUUAAAUCAGAUGCAAGAUGGGCUUUGAACAGACAGACGGACUCAGGGGCAAAUUCAGCUGAGCCCAUAUUGAGGACUCCCCAGAAAUACACAUCCAGCUUUCCCAAGACUUCAGAAAACUCAGCAACAAAGAAGAAGCUUUUAAGGGGCGGGCUGGCAGAGAGACUAAAAGAACUGCAGAAUCGUGAGAGAUCUGCCAUUUCUUUGUGGAGACAUCGAUGUGUUUCUUAUCAAAUGACACCUUUAGGCAGAAAGUCUGGUGUCUUAACUGUGAAAAUUCUGGAACUACAUGAGGAAUGCACCAUGCAAGUUGCAGUGUGUGAGCAGUUAGCAGGGCCACCAACCACGAGCCCUCCCAGGGGCACAGCUGCUGGACUGGGAGCCUGUCUGAAGGUUCUCUUUACCAGAGAGACUGCAGACCACUUACGGGGGCAUCCCCAGGACAUCAUCUACAUAUUCCCUCCUUGGCAGAAACUUCUUAUCCCAAAUGGAAGCUGUCCGAUUAUUCUGAAUACGUAUUUUUGUCAGAAAGCUGUUGCAAGAGAAGCAGUACCUGAAGAAUACUGUCAGGAUGCCUCGCUUCCAAGAAGAGACAUAACGUUGGCCCGGAUGUUUAGAAUUGAGGAGAUAACAUGUAGUUCAUCCAGAAAUCAGAUUACAUGUAGUGGCCUGGCCACCACUGGCACAGGCUGGACCCACGGGCCUGACAAGACAGAACAACAUCUUGCAGUUGGUGCUCCCCUGAGGGAUUCUCUUCUGGACAUUGUGGAAAGCCAAAGAGCUGACCCAUGGUCUGGAGUCGGGGUCCAAGUAGUAGUGCAGAGAGUUUACUCCCUUCGCAGCAGAGACGGUGCCAGGAGCCAGCAACGGCACACAGAGGGGCAUGCAGAUUCACCUGGAACGUGGAGCUGCCUGCUAGUGCAGGAUGCCUGCGGGAUGUUCGGGGAAGUGUACCUGGACGGCAGCCUCUGGAAGAACACAGAGUUAGAGGGGAGGUCCUGUGCCAUGGCGGGCAUGAAGGUCCUGCAGAAGGCCACGAGAGGAAGGGCACCAGGGCUCUUCAGUUUAAUUGAUACCAUGUGGCCCCCAGUAAUGCCUCUCACCGAGCCUUCCUGUGGCCAGCCCAGUGAAGAGAUAAAGACGUGCCUGCCUCCCCCUACCUUCUGUUAUAUCUUCUCUGCACAUCCAAGCCUGGGACACAUCGAUACAAUUGAAGGGGACCCCAUUUCUGAGCUCUACCAGCCUCCAGUUGUCCACUGCUUACAAGAAAUCCUCCAGAAUGAUGAGCAUGGCACACGCUGCAGCUUCUAUGCCAAAGUGGUUUAUCGAAGACCACAGCUAAAGAAUCUCUUGGCACAAAAGGAAAUCUGGCUGCUGGUGACUGACAUCACCCUACAAAUACAGGAUGAAAGGGACCACUCCCUCCCCAAAACGCUGCCAGUCUGUGUAGCCCCCUCAUGUGUGCUGGGCCCAGGAGUUGUAGAAGAACUUGCCAUGGCUGUGCCUCCUACCAUACUCUUCAGGGAUGCUCUUCGAGACAAGGGUCAGAUUGUUUGUGUUGAGCGGACAGUCCUCCUACCCCAGAAGUCCCUCUUGUAUGUACCUCCUGGUGCUGGUUCCUGUGACCUGCCUGGCCCAGUGACACUGGAUGAACUGGGCUCCCUCACACCUGUCAACUCCAUUUGCAGCGUGCAAGGUACAGAUGUAGAACUCUUAGUCUCUUCUCCAGCACCAUCUCUACCUGCGUGCCACCAUGCUUCCUGCCAUGACACUAAUGGACUAAGCUUUUAAACCUAUAAACAAGCCCCAAAUAAAUGUUUUUCCUUUACAAGAGUUGCUGUGGUCAUGGUGUCUCUUCAGAGCAGUAAAAACCCAAACUAAGGCAGAAGUUGGCACCAAGGACUGGGGUAUUGUUGUGAUAGACCUGACCGUGAUUUUGUUUGGAGGAAUGUGGACUUUGGGAGUUUGGAUUAGAAAAGCAGUUGAAAGCUUUAAGUGGGGCUUAACGGGCCAUCCCAGUAGGAGCCUGGAAGACAGUGGUGCUGGGGGUGAUUUGAACUGUGGGGAUCUGGAUCAAGAGGUUUCAGAGGAGAAUAUUUGUAUGUGGCCUAGAGAAUGUUCUUGUGUUAUUUUGGCUAAGGACAUAGCUACAUUUUCCCCUUGUCUGAAUUGUCUGUCUGUGACUAAAUUGAAGAGUUUUGGAUUAAUGACAUUAGCAGAGGCGAUUUCAAAGCAACCUAGUAUUGACUUUAUUACAUGAUUAUUAUGGCCACUGUUAAUGCAGAUCUAUAAAGAAAAGGAACAAGUUGAGCAAAGAAGAAUACAUAAUUACAGUACAAGGAGUAAGGGGCACAAGGAAGUGGAAAGGUGCUAAAUCCUGUGCUCAGGGAAAUAAAGCCAUCAAAGAAAAGCCUGGUGUUAGUAGAAUAAAGGGAGUGGCAACCUCAGUGCAACACCCUCCCCAGCUAAGCUCCCGGUCUGUGAGCAGAAUUAAAGCAAAGUUUACUGCCAGGUGUUGGUGGUACACACCUGUAAUCCUAGAACUAGAAGACAGAGGUGGUAGAUCUCUUAGUCUGAGUCCAGCCUGGUUCAGAGAUUAAGUUUCAGGACAGCCAAGCUUGGGCAGUGAAGGAAACCAUGGAAAACAGAAAAUUGGUAAAGAUAUAUUUGAAAAGAGGGGGCCACAUUCCAGCCCCAGCAAGCGGCAGAACUUGACAGGGGUGUCCCUGAAUGGUGGCCCUAGAGAGGCCAUUGUGUGAAGCUGCGAAGGUGAAGACUGGAUUGACUUGGAGACCCCAAGAUCUUGGCAAUGCCAGAGCCUAGGACACCUGCUGAGGAGAGCUGCUAUCAGGGUGUGGGGCCAGCCCAGGAGGAAGAAGUGCUCUGCAGUCAACAAAGCUGAAAGGAGCUGGAGAUCUGAAGAGCACUUUGACAUCAGACGUGGAGAUAGAGUUCGGAAUUUGCCCAGCUGCGUUUCAGUCUUGCUUUGGUCCAGCAUUUCCUCACUAUGCUCCCUUUUGGAAUGGUAAUGUAUAUCCUCUGCCAUUAUAUGUUGGAAGUAUGUAGUCUUGUUUUUUUAUUUUGAUUUGACUGGGGAUUACAGUUAAAAGAUUGCUGAAGCCGGGCGAUGGUGACACACGCCUUUAAUCCCAGCACUCGGGAGGCAGAGGCAGGCGGAUCUCUGUGAGUUCGAGACCAGCCUGGGCUACAGAGCUAGUUCCAGGACAGGCUCCAAAGCCACAGAGAAACCCUGUCUCGAAAAAACAAAAAUAAAAUAAAAUAAAAAAUAAAAAAAUAAAAGAUUGCAGAGUCUCAGAAGAGACUUUGAAUUUUAAGUUUUUGGACAUUGUUGAGACUGUGAUAGACUAUGGGAACUUUUGGCGUUGGACUAAAUGCAUUUAGCAUUGUGAUAUAGUUAUAUCCUAUGGGGGCCAGGAGUGGAAUGUGAAGUUUGGAUGAAAAUGGCCCCAUAAGAUCACAGGGAGCCGCACUCUUAGGAGGUGUGGCCUUGCUGGAGUAGGGGUGACUUUGUUGGAGGAAAUGUUUCACUGAGGUCAAGGCUUUGAGGACUCAUAUGCUCAAAGCAGUCCAGUGUCUCAUAGUCUCUUCUUGCUGCCUACGGAUCCAGAUAUAGAACUCUUGGUUCCUUCAUCAGCACCAUGUCUGUAAGUGUUACAGCUUUGAUGGAAAGGUGUUCUGGCAAUGCAGAGCCAAGGAAUAUCACGGGUCACAGUAAGGGUAGCAGCUUACAGCCCUGCUCCUACGGGAAUGUUUCCCCAGUGUAACUGCUCUGCUCCAGCAGGGGAGGGCUUCCCCAAAGAUGUUAUUACAGUUCAGCUCCAGUUCUGCUCAGUCCUGCUGAGUAUAACGUCCCCACUCCGCUGCAGUGAAAGUGUUACAGCCUUGCUCUGCUCAGCUCCACCCGUUUCUGCUCCUGUGAAAGAAGGUCUCACCCACCCCUCAUUCAGGAGAUUUGUUGGGAGGGAAGAGUGGAGGAGGGUGACUGCCUCUGUCAGGAUGGAGAAAGGCAGCAGCAGACUGAACAGGUACAGGGCUUAUAUAGGGCUUCCUAGGGGCGGGGUUUUCCAGGGAGAUUUUCAGUGUGGGAGUUGCUCAGAUUUCGGUCCUUUGUUGAACUCAGAUUGGCUAGAUCUCGUGAACAGGUAUUGGUUGGUUUUCUGCUUAUUUGGUCAGGGACAGAUUUGGCUCUGGUUUCAGGGCCAAAAUGUGUUCCUCUCACUGGCCCUUUUUAGCCUUUUGACUCUAAUUUCAGAGCCAGGGCAUAUUUGUUUGACUGACUGUGAUUCUAUGGCCAAAUUGUGUUUCUUUGGCACUGGUUUUAGGGCCAGAGUGUGUUUUUCUGGGUGCUGCACGUCUCUGACUCCACAGCUAGGGAUUGGUGAUCCUGUAAUAGCAACUGAUUGAAAGUCUGGUUAGAAAUCCUUUGGAUCUGUUGUUGAAGGAGUCUAGACAAGAAGUUUCUGAGGCAGGAUGCAACUAGUGAGGUUAAGAAAAGGGGGAGAAGAGGGACUAAGAAGUAUCAUCCCGUUCCGUAUUGGACUAUGCACUGGCCAGAGGCAUCACGCUGUCCCUCAUGUUUUGAAGAUCUGUCUGAAGUUGUUGGAUCUUAUCUUUUACUAUACCUGAUUGGUUAACAGAAGCAACGUUCUUCCCCAAGAAAGAGACAAAGACCACCUCUCUGCUAUUAGUAAAUUUAAUCUUCUCUGAUUUUUGUAGUACUAUGGUACUACAGGUACUUCAGGUCUAUCUGAUCCUGAAGGGUGAGGAUAGUCUGAGCUACCUAUUGGAAAUCCUGGAUGAAUUGUGAGGAAAGCCGGUGGUAAACGGGGAAGUAGUCAAGCCCGUUGCUCCAGUGGCUACACCUGCAGUUAUGCCUGGAGCCGCCAGAAGGGGUAGAACCUGAGUUGCUUGCCAUCUGUGCUGCUAUAAACUCAGUGAUGGGAACUGGCAAGGCUUCCUCACCAGGUACCACCCCUAAUUAGGAGAAAGGAACACCAGGACGUAAGUCCUACACCUAGAAGGUAGGCAGUGGUACACUUGUGUGCCACAGAGAAUCAAGGCAUUGUGAAUGCUUUGGCAGAAGUGCUGGGUUGUAGUACUAAGGGUUAUGGUAUUAUUGCAGUCUGCAACACCAAAGAGAGAAGCGUGGGAGAGAUGAGGUGUAGUAGUGAUAUUUGGCUCAGAGCAAUUUACCAGUGACGAGUUAGGAGAAUCUAAUAAGACAAUGGGAGGGGGCACAAAUGGUGAUUGUGAGUUUGACCUAGGAGGGACACACAACCCUCCUUUUUAAUAUUUAUUUAUUUAUUAUGUAUACAAUAUUCUGUCUGUGUGUAUGUCUGCAGACCAGAAGAGGGCACCAGACCUCAUUACAGAUGGUUGUGAGCCACCAUAUGGUUGCCGGGAAUUGAACUCAAGACCUUUGGAAGAGCAGGCAGUGCUCUUAACCAUUGAGCCAUCUCUCCAGCCCCACAACCAGCAUUCUUAUAAGCAGUCAGGCAAGACACUAUUCAACAGCUGAAAUGCAGAGGUUAAGAUUUGAAACAAGAGAUGGUGUGAGAGGGAGGUAGAAUCGGUAUCAUCAAGAAGGGAUAUUAGGGAUGGAAGGACUUUGAGAAGCUUUGGACCACUGCUUCUCCUGUGUUGAUACCUGGGGGCUUAAAGAGUGGGAUGUGUGCCCUCUGUAUUGGGACCAUGCCUGAUGGCGGCUAUAAUACGUGCUAUAGUAGAGUUUACCAAUGGGGUGCCGUGGGUCUUUAAUUAGAAUGUUAAAAAAUUCCCCACUCUGCAUAAAAGAUAAACAGAGUGCCUUCCUGCAUAUGCACUAUGUCUCUUACAGGACCAAUAAGGGCAGCCUCCACAAGUUUCUGCCCGGUGUUGACAGUAAUUUCUAGUUUGAUCACAGAGAAAGCAGGCAUGGGGCAGGUGUUUCAGAAGUGGAUUUGGGUCUUAUAGGGAUAGGUAUGUUUGCAAAUGACGAGUGAGCAGUGUCCAGACCCCAGCAUGUGAGUGGUCUGAGUGCCCUGCUGAGUUAGGCUUCCUGAACCUCAGAUCUCCAUGUAGAAUUCACUCUUGAUGGGUGUGGGCAAGAAGAAGUAAGAGAAAAAGUGGACAUGACCCAGUAGGGUCGGCCUAGGUCUUGGCAUUCUUCUGAGACCGGGCCUGGGUAUCUUCUGAAACUUAGGAGAACAAGGUCCUGUUGGGGUUGAGAUGUAAGAAGGGGGAUUAUCUUGAGCCGAUGGUAUAAAGGUUUGAGACGAGAGAGAUUAAUCCAGCGAGGGAAACCCUUGAUCUUAGUGCAGUUGGGGUGGUAAAGAUGACCCUGAAAGGGCCUGUCCAUUCUGGAGAAAGAAGAGGGGGAUUGUGACCUGGAGGAGAGAGGCGAACUAAGUCCCCGAUGUUAACUGAAGAGAGAAGGGAGGAGCUGAGGCAGUGAUGGUGGGUGGAGUUCCAAAGAAGUGAGCUAAGACAGUGUGACAAGGGGAUGAGAAGGUGAUCAGGGAGAGGUGAUGCUGAGACAGGAGACCAGGAGGCAUAAUCAGUCAUCCAUAUAUGAACUCAAAAGAAGAGACGAGGAGGGGCUUCUUUGAGUUUUAUCUAAUCUGAAUGAAGUUCUUGGGAGAGUUUGAUAAGGAUAUUUUUGAGAGAACGGUCAGUUCGUUCACCUUUGCCUGCAGACUGGGAAUAUGGAAUCACCAUGGGAUGUUGAGGGCUUUGGCUACAGUUUGCGAGAUCUGAGAGGUUGGAACUCUGACACAGGGGACGAUCUCCCUAAAAAGGAGAUUGGAAACUGUCGGUGAUCUUCUAUCAGUGGUGGGAAAAGCUUCUACCCACCCUGAGAAUGUGUCCACCAUGACUGACAGGUAUCUGAAAUGUCUGAACUGUGGGUAUGUGGGUGAAGUCAAGCCGCCAGUCUCAUCCAGGGAGAGAGCCCCUGGCUCAGUGAGUGGGGGAAGAGAGACUCCAAUGCCCGGAAGUAGGAUUAGAAGUUUGACAAAUUUUGCAAGAAGCGGUGAUAGUCUUUAGAUAGGAUAGAUCCUCAGCGGUGGUCUGUAAAUAGGUUUUGAUAACGCGAGACAAAGUCUGGCUCUCAGGGUGAAGGAUCUGGUGCAGACAGCAUAGAAUGUGCUGACUAUCUGGGUGCUGGAGACUGGACCUUAGUUCUUCGUGUUUGCACAGUGAGCCGUCUCCCCAGCCCUGUGACUGCAUAUGUUCUUAGUCACAGUCAGCAAGGAAACAGGAAAAUCACAAAGGAAGGAACUAACAAACUAGUAAGAAGUAGAGCUAAGACAGGCGAUUCCAGAGGCGAGGAGGUGGGUGAGUGGUGACUCCAGCCUUUCUUCUCCUAGGUGCUGUGGUUGAUGUAGAUGAGAACACUGCUUUUCUGUGGCCUGUGUGUGACCAGUGUGGCAAUGGGAGAUUGGAACAGAAGCCAGAAGAUGGGUAAGGCUGCCUGAAACCCCUGGGGCCCAAAGAACACUGCAGUAGCCCAUCCCCAGGGUCCUGCGACCUUCUUUCCUACACAUGGGUUCCCCAUGCACAGAAAGGAACCUACUCUGCUGGACUUCAGGAUAGAGACUGUGGUGUCUUUUUGCGGGUUUUCCACUGUAUUUGCAGCUCUUCCUGUCCUUAAAAGUGUAGAACUGAGCUUUGUGCUUAGCUCCUUCAUUAUUAGGAGAGGAAAGAAGUACAAGUGUGAACAGGUAAGACAGGCUGCAUGGCAUGUCCUAGGAGUCCUGCAGACUUCCCCGGGGACACAGCAGCUGCACGGCAUGUCCUAGGAGUCCUGCAGACUUUCCCGGGGACACAGCAGCUGCAUGGCAUGUCCUAGGAGUCCUGCAGACUUUCCCGGGGACACAGCAGCUGCACGGCAUGUCCCCUAGAAGUCCUGCAGACUUUCUCGGGGAUACAGCAGCUACACGGCAUGUCCUAGGAGUCCUGCAGACUUUCCUGGGGACACAGCAGCUGCAUGGCAUGUUUGCAGACUUUUCCCAGAGGACUGUGAGCAUCGUCUGUCAAUAGACAUCUCUCUUCUGCCCAUUUUUAUUACCCUUCUGGGCUGGGGUCAAGGCUAACUAUUUUUCUUGGCUAUGGUUUCUGUGCUAUGAUUAUACCAUGACCAAAAACAGGCUGAAAAGGAAAGGGUUUGUUUGGCUUACAUAUUGUAGUCCAUCACUGAAGGAAUUCAGGACAGGAAUUCAAACAGGGCAGGAACCUCGAGUGCAGGGAACUGAUGCUUAUGGGCUUGCUCCCCAUGGCUUGCUCAGCCUGCUUUCUUAUAGAACCCAGGACCAUCAGCUCAGGGGUGGCACAACGAGCAAUGAACUGGGCCCUCCCCAUCAAUCACCAAUUGAGAAAAUGCCCUUCUGCCUGCAGCCCAGUCUUGGAAGGCAUUUUCUCAACUGAGGCUCCUUCCUCUCAGAAAACUGGUCUGUGCUGUGCUGUCCUACAGCUAGCCAGCACACCUGUCAGUACUGUUUUUGUCUCUGCCUCCCGGUGGACUGUGUCACAUCACAAAGAGUGUCCUCAUCACUUGUCUGUUUCCUAGAAGCCAAGAGUGGGACUGAGAGUCGCUCAGCAAUUGAGAGCGUGGGCUGCCCUCCAGAGGACCAGGCUGCGUUCCCAGCAGCUCACAGCCGUCUGUGACUAGUUCCAGGGGCUCUAAUGUUCUUUUCUGGCUCUUCAGGUGCCAGGAGUGUACGUGGUGGACAGAAUACAUUCAGGCCAAGCAUCCAUAUACAUAAAAUAAUUUUAAAAGAGACAAAGAGCAUACAUCUUAUUGAUGCCUCCUUGGUUGUUGGCCUUGUGUGUACACAAGACACUUCUGCCUUAUUUCAAAGAAGCAAGGCAGCGUGGGUUCAUGUGAAAUCAGUGUGGGAGUGAAGAGGCCAGGGUUGAUGAGCAAGUUUGCCCUGCUGGAGGGGUGAGCCCUUCACUUUCUGGAAGGCUGCGUUCCCCCCAUAUUCCUCAUGAAUAAAGGCCUCGUUGUGUACCCAAGGGUCCCCUUAGCAGCUCCCAACUGUUAAUCCAUCAGAAUAGUCCAGUCCUUGACUGCUUUUGUCUGGUUCCAGUAAUUUAAUUCUGACUGUAGAAUUAGUGGGUCACUAAACACCUAUCUUUAGAGGAAUCUCUUUGCUGUAAGACUCUUCUGAUGUGUCCCCCCCCCCUCCUUGUUACUUGUACUCCCAUGUCCCCUCACACGCUAGAGGCCUCUUCUGUGGGGACUGUUCUCGACUGGUUGUGUCGCCGCUUCAAAAGAGGAGCCUGCACGUCUUUCUGGACUGUCCCACAAGACCCAAGAGUACUGUAAAGGUCAAGGUAGGAAAAGGGACCUAGAGCUCA